AUGAGUUCUCUCUGUCCUUUUGCUAAUGUAGCCCGCGCUGGUGAGCAUUGUCCUAGGAAAAUAGAGGAAAAGCAAGACAAACAUGAGGCAGAAUAUGGUGAUAAAAAGGGUGUUAUUUCCCCAAAAUGUCCAUUUGGCUAUGAUUCCCAUACAUUUAAGUUGGGUCCUCUCAGCUGCGUGAUAUGCCAAGCCCUUCUGUUUGAGAGCAGCAAGUGCAUUCCUUGUUCUCAUAAAUUUUGCAAGUGAGUAUUGGCGAUGGUUAUCCCUUAUAUGUCUCUUAAUUGAGUGAAAACUUAUUAAUGGUUUCUGUGCAGAGCAUGCAUCUCUCGCUUUAACGAUUGCCCAUUAUGUGGUGCUGACAUCGAGAGAAUCGAGCCUGACUCAGAACUGCAGUCUAUUGUUGACUGCUUUAUCGAAGGUCAUGCUAGAAUCAAGAGGUCCCAGGUUGACGAAGAUACAAGCAUAGUUGGAGAUGAACAAAAAAAAGUGAUUUAUGAGGACAUUUCACUAGAGAGGGGUUCUUUCUUGGUACAACAUGCAAUGAGGGUGAGUUCUGAGGAAGACUUAAUCCUAGAUAUAUGACACUAUUAAUGAUUUUUUUCAUAUUUUAGAAAUUAAAAAAAUAUGAUUACUGUUAUGACUCAUGCAGGCAUUCCGUGCCCGAAAUUUCGAAAGUGCAAAAGCCAGGCUUACUCUUUGUGCAGAUGACAUCAAUGAGCAGUUGGAUAGGUUGGGGAGCACUGCAGAGCUAUGCUCACAACUUGGGGCUGUUCUCGGGAUGCUCGGAGAUUGCUGGUAUUGCGUCUAUUUUUUUGUUUUUAUAAUACUUGUGUUUAUCUUAGAUUCACAGCCUUUUGAUGUGGCCAAAUAUCAUUCGGACUACAGGCCACAAAUUUCUGGUAAUGCAAUGGCCCUGAAAGCCUUGUUUGAUGAGCCAGCAAAUGGAUUCCUUCUUGUCAUGGUUAAUCUUGACCUUUAAUGUUAUAUAUUUUAAAGAUCGUAACUGAUUGCCCAAUUUACUGAUGUUUAGGGCAGGUAGUUUUUUAUGUUAAAGCUUUUUCACUUGGCUUAUUUACUUAGUUAAUCGUUGUAUACGCGACAUGCUGUGCUUUAUGUUCUCCUUCCCUUUCCCUUUAGUGUUUUGUCAACCUGAAGGUUCGUGAAAGGUCAUGCUGUUUCGUGUCAGAUUCUUUGACGCAUACAUUCUGAGUAAAAUCUAUCAUUCUUCUAUGUAUUCUUCAUUAAUUCUAUAUAUUGGUUUAUAAAUUUCAUAAAAAGCUUUAAAAUCAUGUGCUGACAAAUAUAUUGUCUCAUAUGUGGUAUCUUGCAGUCGGGCAAUGGGAGAUUCCAGCUCCGCGGUUUCUUAUUUUGAAGAAAGUGUCAAGUUUCUUUCGAAGCUGCCUUCUAAAGAUCUCGAGGUUAAUGCAGUCUGCCAUUCUCUCGCCUAUGGUUUAGAUCAUCCCUCUAGUUUCUGUACCAUAACUGGAUGGGGGGAUGCUGAAACGCUUUCUCUGGAACAUUCUUUCAAAGAAAACGCACGAGCAUGAACCUGUAGAAGCUUGUCACCUCAAACGACUCCAAGGGGAAAAGGACAAGCUAUAAUGAUUUUAUUCUAUUCUCUCUCCCCUCACUUUCCCCUUCUUGCUUACUUUCGCAUAGAUAUCGGUACAUCCAUCUUAUGGCAAUAGCGGUCUUGCUGAUUUUUGUAUGGUGACUGCGGCCUUUUACAGGUGGUGCAUACGCUUUCUGUCUCACUUAACAAAAUUGGAGAUCUCAAAUAUUAUGAUGCCGACCUGCAAGCUGCAAGAGCUUCCUAUUCACAAUCCUUGGAUCUCCGGCGUAGUGCAGUCAAGCAGCAUCCCAAUGUCCUGUCGCAGGUCAGGAAGUUAGUUGUCAUUACUUUCCUCUCUAUUGUAUCCAUCUUAAAAUGGAUGUUCUUUCUUCUUUCAAGUCUGUAGAUUUCCUUAUUUCACACUCACCUUUUACUUUCUCAAAUUCCACAAAUUGCACUGUACCACACCCCCAAACAGAAAUAUGACUAAACUACUAUUUUACCAGUCUUUUGCUUCGGUUUGAUGUAAAGUGAGAGUGAAAAGCUGAAGAAGAAGUGUGUGAUGAGACUUUCAAUCUGAUGGGAAACCUACCGAAUAUCUUUGUUCAUGGAAGGGUCGCUGUUGUACCCAUCAUAUUAAUCUUGCAUGGUAAAGAUGGAUUUAUUUUUGUGACGGUGCACAAUAGUUAUGCAUUUAGGGUUAUGCUCUUGAAAUCUGGGUUGAUGAAAGAGGGUUCCUUCAUGGCUUGGAUUGUAAACAUAGUAUAGGGCAUGAAAUUCCGCAAUCUUUAAUUUUUUUUUUUUACUUUUUUUUUUUUACGAAUUAUGAACAUAUCGUUUGUUGCAAGAAAUUGCUUGAUGAUGCUGGAAGCUGUUCUCUUUUAGGAAUGGAAUGUUGAUGUUCGUUGCUUUUCAGUCAUCUGGUUUCUAGGCCAAGGUGGAAAAAAAAUUUCAAUUAAAACCAUAGUUUUCUGGACAAAACCUUGCCCUAGUAUGCGGAUUGAGAAUUUUCAUUGGAGUAGAUAAUUUGAAAUGCAAAUUACAAUUCAAGAUGAUUUUUUUAAAAUCAUAAACUUGUUGAAGACUAUAUUUCGUUAAAUUUAGGCACCUCGUGCAUCACUUCCAUGUUCUCAUUGAUCUCCUUCAAAGUUUCGACUAAAACCAGAUCUUUUUAGAAAAGCCUGCCAAAAUUCAAAUAGAUUCUGACGUUGAUAUCCUGUUACUUCUUCUUCUUCCCUGUUCUUGAUUUGUGGUCAGGAAUUUGAAAUGCCAUUCUACUUAUGACAAUCCUCAUCAAGCGAUCGAUCAUAAUAACCAUCAAUAGCUGUUUCAUGGUUUUCCUCCUCUUCUUCUUUUCGAAUUGAUCAUCUCGGAUUGAAAGCCCAUGAUCUUGGAAACGCUUAUUAAAUCAAUCCUCUCAUCACCCAAGAUAAAAACUUUACUAAAUAAUCCUUAUGUUGGUUUACUUAUGGUUUUAUUUAUGGUUUUUUUUUAAACCCAGGUUUUGGAUGUAGCGAUUUCCCUUGCCAAGAUUGCCGACACGGAUCGAAAUCUCGGGAACGAAGAUGCCGCAAUCGAUGGGUUCAAGGAAGCGAUUGAAUGCCUCGAACCAUUGAAGCUGAACCCUAGCGAAGCCCACUUGGAGCAACGGGUAAUGGGCGGCAUGCCUCUAUCAUCUCUCUAUACAUACAUCCCUUUCUCUCUCUCUACACUUGUAUUAACUUAGGCUUCUAUAUUGCUCGUGUUCACAGAGGAAUUCCAUUCUCGAGUUCCUCCGCAGCCAGCUCACAGACAAGCAGAGCCCUCUCCCCACUCUCUCUGUCUGA